AUAUACAGCCCGUUGGGAUGGCCGGGGUUCGAUUACCCGGAUUCCGAUGGUAAAACGAACACUGCCACUGACAACGCAUUGACAUUGAAGCUUUCACUUCAAUCCGUUUCAAAGUUCUCGCAGCAUCAUCAUCCGUGGUCUCUUUCAAUGAGCGAAGUCGUGAAUGCUAUCGUUGCUUUUGCAGUCAUUGUCAUCAUCUUCCGAUGGGCGACUUCAUCCAGCGACUCUUCCAGUAGGAGGUCAGCAUCUUCAGCUCUUGGUUUCAGGCCAAAGAAUGUGACGCAGGACAUGGUCAACCAGAUACAUUCCAUGUUUCCAACUAUACCACAAGAUAACAUACGUUAUGACUUGCUGAGGACAGGGAGUGUCGAGAUCACUUCGAAUAAAAUACUGGAGCGUGGAUAUCUUGAUGUGCCACCGCCAGCAUAUUUCACUGUUUAUCCUCGCACAGAAGUUUCCCCACAACUCCGGCAAGUUGCUCCUCAAGGGCAAACAACAGGUUUAGCACCAACCCCGAAAGACAACCUUAUAUCUCGUUACAAGCUACAAGACCGAGUAGCAUCUUCCACUUUCUCACCUGAAGAUGAUCUUGCCUUCGGCAAAGCCAACUGGGAAGAUACGUCGGAGAAGCGCGAGGCUAGUUUGCAGGAAAGGAAAGCACAGAUGAUUUUGGCCGCCAGACAGCGACUGUUGGCACAACAAACUCAGAAGGAAGGGACGGGCGUAGCACCAGGUUCUUCGUCACACUAAACAUCUCAUGUCCUCGCAGCAAUGACUUAGAUGCCCUGACUCCUUGCAUGAUAAGCGUUACCAACCCCUGCUCUGUACUUAUUGUUGCUGUUUUGCUCAUACAUCUCAUGUCUUAUCACAUCCUGGACCGACUGUCAUCAUUUGCAAUUCUUUUCUCUGCAGGAUCCGACAGCAAUGUGAUGUAAUACCUGUUCAUUCCUGUCC